GGUAACUCAUCCUCCCCUGCCUUUGGGGAGCUGAAGGAUUAUUACCUCUUCUACCUGAAGAGCAAAUCUCCCAGGGACGAGCUGCUGAAGAUGUGGGGCGAGGAGCUGACCAGCGAGGAAAGCGUCUUCGAGGUGUUCAGGUGUUACAUCGCCGGAGAGCCCAACAAGGAGGGGCACAAGGUGACCUGCCUGCCUUGGAACGAUGAACCUCUGGCGCCCGAGACCAACCUUAUGAAAGAAGAGCUGGCCAAGGUGAACAGGAGAGGGAUCCUGACCAUCAAUUCCCAGCCGAACAUCAACGGCAAGCCCUCCACCGACCCGAUUGUGGGCUGGGGUCCCGACGGAGGCUACGUCUUCCAAAAGGUAACAUGGCUGGGGACAUUAUGCUCUUCUCUCCUUCCCUUCCAUCUCUCAGUCCAAGCAGUUCUGUCCUCUUGCAUAAGAUCAACUUUUGUGUGAAAGGAAGAACCACACUGCCUUUCGUGGCAAAGCUUUAGGCACUUCCAGGGGUCAGGCUGGAUGACCUCUGGGGUCCCUUCCACUCCACAGUUCUGCGAUUCCAAGUCGUGUGCUAUGGC